AUUGUCGGAUUUUGUUUGGCCAGGGGCUGUUAGGAGUAAGUGGUAUUGCCAUUAAUGGUGGGCAAUUUGGUUUGCUUUUGUCGAAAUUAAAUCAACUGAAAUCAGAAUGGGUUCUUGAUGAUCUGGAAUUUUCCCUUCUUUUCAGCUUGUGAAUCAUAAUUGUGCACACUAACUCUAAAUUAUGUAAGUGCUGUUAUGAUAUCUUUUGCAUCUGAUGACACAGGGUGUACAUUGUAAAUAUAAAUGUUAUUAGGACAAUGCACAUGGCAUAAACGUGAAACAGCAUCCGAUCACAAUUUACGAGUGACCAACCAUCCCUCAAUUCUCAAAUAUAUCCUUGUUUGGCAGUUUGCAACCACGGCUGAUCAAAUAAUAGCCAAUCUCUGACCGCCAUGCUGGGCCGUCUGCUGCUGUUGCGCAGCGGCCGCUCGGGCCUGGUGGCGGCGCUGUGCCCCCGCCGGCCGCUCUGCACGCAGCCGGCCGAUCCGGAGCGGGUGUCGGAGGCGCUCGGACUGCCCGAGUCGGACGAACGGCGCCGCCAGCUGCACCUCAUCAUGCUCGAGUACAGCGAGAUGCAGGUGUCCGGCUCGCGCGUGCCCGACUCGAUGUCCAACUACGACUGGGGCGAGCUGCUGCGGCUGGGAAGCUACUCGGCGCGACGCAAGUACCUCGGCUACCUGUUCAAACGCGAAAAGAGUCGCGAGGCGGACGCCGAACGGCGGAAGCGGAAGGCUGAAGAGCGCCGUGAGCAGCUAGCACGUGAGCUGGAGUCGCGGCCGAGUCACAUCCGGUACGGCCUCGGCCACAACACUAUCUUCCACAGGGUGACCGACACCACCAUAAAGUCGUGGGAGGAGCAGCGACUGUACACGGCCAUGUGCUUCGGCCAGCCGCUCGUCAUGGACCUCUCUUUCGAGCCGCACAUGACACGGCGCGAGAACAAAAACACCGCGCAGCAGCUGACAAUGCUGUUCGCCAACAACCGCAGUGCGCUGGACCCGUUCGACCUCCACCUGUGCAACGUGAAUCCACAGGGAGAGAUCAUGGAGUUCCUGCGCCGGGUCAUACCCAGUGUGGAGGAGCCCGGCUUCCCGCUGCACCUGAACCAGGAAAACUACCUGGACCUGUACCCCAAGGACCGGCUGGUGUACCUGACGCCACACUGCCGGAACGAGCUGCGAGAGUUCGACCACGACGCCGUCUACGUGGUUGGCGGCGUGGUGGACCUGGUGAAGGGCAGGCCGCUCUCGCUGGCCAAGGCCAAGAAGGAGGGUAUCAAGAUGGCCAAGCUGCCGCUGCAGAGGUACCUCAAUGUCGGCCCGUCGUUCAGUACCUCUCUAACGCUGGUGGCCAUGGGACAAAUCCUGCUCGACCUGCAGGCGGGCGCCGGCUGGGAGCACGCGCUGCGCCACGUACCGCGCCGCGGGCUGCUGACGCCCGAACAGCAGCAGGCGCAGGCGGAGCGCCAGCAGAGUCGCCUGCAGAGCCUACAGGAGGCCGCCGAGAGACGCCGUCAGCGCUGGGAACGCGCCGCGCAGCAGGCGGCCGGCGAGCGCCGCGCACCGCCUGGCGGAGGAGGCUGGCGGGGCGCCCGUCCCAGGUGAUGGGGUUAGCGGGAGGGGGAGGGGAGGGAUGCGCGUCUGAGUAUGAGUGAGGGGCUGUGUGGUGUGUUUGCCUGGGCGAGCGUGGUUGAAUGAGUGUCAAAGAAGUCGGGUCUCGAUUUGAUAUUGUUACUUUUUGGACGGAGUUUUUUAAGCUGAAGCUGCUUGUAUCUACUAUGCUUUUCAGACCCCAUGAGACCCUAAUUUUCGGCGAUAAUUUAUUUACUAUUUGUCCAAUUUGCUUCAAAUUUUCACAAUGCACAUUUCAGCUCAAGCGCCAAUUUUCGCCAAUAUGGUCUCUUAACAAAAUAUCAAAUUUCAGGGUACUUGUCGUUGCCUCGUAAUGUUAAAAUCGGCUCCGUAAAUCCGUCAGUGGAGUAGAGGCUAUCCGUGCGUAGGUGUGACGUCACAAACACGUGACCAUUAAGCUCCGCCCUCCCGGCGGACGGGGUAGUGACCUUGGCCGGUCAGUCGGCUGCGUGGAGCGGGCGGGGCAGUAGCUGUCGCACCGGGGCGGCUCGCAUGGACUGUAGGGACCGUAGCCGGUAGCUGCCGUGCAGUUGUCGUUGCAGCCGUAAUUUCAUCGAAUGAGCUAAAUAGCGCGCAUAAGUAACGCACCAGCUGAAGCCCUCGACUAAUUGUAUCUAUCACAAAUGUACGUACACUUUGUUCAGUCACAAAAAAUAUAUAUUUCCACACAAGAUUCGGGGCUUGUGAAAAAACGCGCAUGAAAGACGCUGUUGAUUUCAAAUGAUUGCGUAAGAUUAUGUAUCGCGUGAGACUACGUCAAAAUUGCAAAACAUAAUCACCAUUAACAUGAUGCAAUUUAUGUGUUUGAUAUAUGAAAUUUGAAUAGGAAUGUAGGUAUGCCGGCGUGAUCGAUUUAUAUCAUCCCGGUGCAACUAAGCAUUGAACACCUUCAGGACUAAUCCAUUUGAUCAUCGACUUAGGUUGAGGAGGUCGCCAGACUAACUUUGCCCCCAGAGCUUGUGUGUUGAAAUGCAAACAUGAAAAGUAAAAGCCUAGAGAUAGUUUCCUCACCAUUGAGGACAUACCUACUGUUACUUAAGUUUUACAAAAAAGAUACCGAUUCAUUGAUGAUCAUUCUCGUGUAGUGCCCAACGUCCGCCUGCCACAUUGCUAUUUCUUUUUGUGCACGUCUUAAUAAUAUAACACACACAUGACACCGCGAUAAAGGCCAUUUCUACCAUACGACACAUUACGCUUCUGCCCCACCCGGCGCCCCGCACCGCUUCACGAAUCACGAAUACGGUCGUUUCGCUGGAGCGAUGCCCCAGGCAAUCGGCCGUGCCCGAGACUCUUCAUCCUACUUUGUUGCUUUCUGCGCCUUCCUCAGAAACAUUUAUUGGCACUGCCAAAUAUAUCAAUAUUUUUUGGUUAAGCACAGGCUUACACAUGAUCUUAUAGGUAAUCGGGUAGUGACCUGACCCAACCUGACGAUGAGAUAGGUGCAACUCCUGCUUACAUAAAUGUUCAGAGUCCAAGAGUCUAUCCAUCUUUCCUUCUACGGCCGGUUCCGUUCCAAUAGAUCCUACCUUGAUUCUGAUCAUUCUGAAUAUUCUGAGCUGGUUCGACGUUUAAAUACCAAAAUAAGGUGAAGAGAAUACCAAAUGCCCUCAAACGGAUAAUUUUUUGGCUUUCGUCCCGAAACAACUUUGCCAGCUUCACUUGUCUCCAGUAUGUGGUCCCGCCCCGACCUCUCCGCGGUGCUGACACCGACUGAAGCGGCAUAGAAUCGCGGUCACGGCCAGUGGGCGGAGUUUAGUUGGGCCCGGCGCAACGUGAUUGGCCAGCGCUCCUAUCCAAUCCGGUGCGGUAGCGAGCGAGCCUCUAUCCGGGUGCAAAAACUGAUUAACAUUACGAGCCAACGACAAGUGCUCUAAAUUUUGAUUUUUUGUUAAGAGACCAUAUUGACAAAAAUUGGCGCUUGAGCUGAAAUAUCGUCUGCCAAAAUUUCAAGCUAAUUGGACAAAAAUUGAAGAAAUUAUCGCCGAAAAGCAGGGUCUCAUGGGGUCUGAAAUGCAUAGUAGUCGAAGUGAUGAAUGUAUGAUCGUGAUACGGGGCUGGACGAGACUUCUGUUGGGGCUUUCUCCAGCUGAUGUUAUGUCCUCAGAUAGCCGACUACAUUGAGUUAUUCCACCUCGCAAGAGUUGAAUACAAGUAUCUUAAUUUCGAAGAAAUUA